AGCUUAUCUCAAAUUCUGGAUCACUGAUGCUCUGUGCUUCAAGAUCCAUCAAACUGCGAUGAAAAAAAGACCCUUUCCUUUUUUCGAAAGAGGCAAAUUCUUCACUAAUCCCAUUAAUGAGAAAAACAUAAUCUUUGCCUAAUCCCACAUUCCCCAUGAACUCUACUUUUCGUCUAGAGAGAGAAAAACAGAGAGGACCAGUCAAUGCAGAGAAAUUUUUGCAUUAAUUGCAUGGCGAGUGGACGAGUCACAAAGAUUUUAGCAUUUUUUUUCCAUGUCUUUUUCUCUCUCCCCUCAUCUUUUAUAUAAUCCCCUGCCUCCUAGUUCUCUCCAAGUCCCCAUUCUGCUCAAUCUCUGCAUCUGAACAGACAUCGCCUCUGCAAUUUCAUUCAACAGCUCCUUCCCUUUUCGAAUACCCUGUUCCUCCAAUGGCAGCUUUCUCAUAUCAGCACCCACCGUUUCUUCUCGACCCUGUUUUCUAUCAGAACAAUAACUCUGUCAAGGCCUCUGCUUUCUUGGAGGAUGGCAGCAUCGACGCCGCCUGCUUUUCCCAGUUCUUCCCGCCGGAGCCUGUUCAGGAGAUCCCAGAAGAUGUUAAAAUUCAAGAAGGUAGCUGCCUCGAGCACUGCUCGAAGCUUGCUCUCAGCGAUAAUCAGCUCUCUGUGACCAAAAAACAGAGUAAACAGAACACAGAUUCUUCAGUGGUGGUGGACAAGCUCGAGAGCGGGGAGCAGGUGACCCAGAUGAUGACUUCUUCGGCGGAGAAGAGAAAAAAUGGAGAAGGGUCUUCCCUGAGCUCUUCUCAGUCCAAGGAUGCAAGAGAUGGAGAAGGCAAGAAACAAAGGAAGUGCAUCAAUGGUCCUCUGAAGGAUGAAGAAAAGAAGCUAAAGGCUGAAAGGAAAGAUCAGAAGAAAGGUCCUGAAGAAGCCCCAAAAGGCUACAUUCAUGUCAGAGCAAGGAGAGGCCAAGCAACAGACAGCCACAGCCUUGCAGAAAGGGUGAGAAGAGAGAAAAUAAGUGAAAGGAUGAAGCUGUUGCAAUCUCUUGUUCCUGGUUGUGACAAGGUAACAGGAAAGGCCCUCAUGUUGGAUGAAAUCAUCAACUAUGUUCAGUCCCUACAAAAUCAAGUUGAGUUCCUCUCCAUGAAGCUUGCUACUGUGAACCCCAUGCUUUACAACUUUGGAAUGGACUUGGAUGCAUUUAUGGUCAGACCAGAGCAAUGCAGCUCAACUCCGCCCACUGCUUUUGGUGCUGCUGAUACAACCACAGCCACCUUCCCCUGCACAGCCAACAGCUGCUAUCCCCUGCUUGACUCUUCCUCUUCUGUUUUCCUUCAACAAGGGCAGGUCAGGCCAAUCAAUGCCUUCCCUCAGGACAAUGCAAGCUUGUUAUGGGAAGUGGAUGAGCAAAGACAAAAGCUGUUCAAUCAAUCUGGGUUCAACAGCAGCCUAUGUUCUUUUCAUUGACAUAAAAUCAAGAUCACCUGUCCCCCACCAGCACCAUCAGCAAACCCAGAAAAAGAUAGAAAAUCAGGCGAAACCCUAAUCAGGAAAAGCACAGGCAGCUUUCAAAUUUAACUCUUGGCAGAGUCAACCACUCGAUCAAGGCCAAGCUCAUCACCACCACCACCAUCAUCAUAAAUUCCAAGUACUCUUAUCUCCAUUGAUGGAGAUGAGUAAAGUGUCUGUGUCUGUUUGUAACUUUGUUUGAUUAGAACAACGAAUGAAUAAAGCAAGGGGAAGAGAAAGCAGCAGCAGAAGCAGAAUUAGAAUUAGAAUUGAUGGAUGAAGAACAGAGAGGACCCAAAAGGGGCAUGUGCCUGCAACCGACCAAAUAAGACCAAAGAUUUUUACUGUCCGAUCCCCUGUUCCUGUCCAUUUUGACUCUCCCCCCAAGCACAAAUUCCCAGAUCACAUCAUCAACCCUCUGCUGCUGCUGCUGCUCUUGAUUUUAAUUAGCUAUUGAUUUUUAAUCAAACAACAUAUAUAAAUUAUUAAUUAUUCAAUAAUUAUCUGUAAAAAAAUAUUUAAUUUCCAUUGUAAUGUAAAAACAGUAGUACCCAGUUGCCCAUUAUUAUGAAUAUAUGUAUGAUUUUAUUUA